UUGCAAGUACAACUCUGUGCUCUUACUACAAAAAAAAUCUGUUCGUGAUUUGUUCGAUUGGAUUUUUAUUAAUCAUUCGUUGAUUGCGCUUUGCCGAUUUUGUUGCGAAAGAUUGACUAAUACGUCAAAAGAAACCCCACAGUUCUAUUCAAAAACUGCGAAAAAGUAAACAAGCUAUUUACGAAUAAAACGUAAUAAUGCAGCUGCAAGCCAAAUAUUUGCUAUUGUGCCUGUUUGUUGGACUGUUUGGUUCAUAUCGUUGUCUGGCAGCAGACGGAGAAGAAGCAAAGGAAACGACUGUCACUACCGAGGCGGCAACCACUGUAACAGUACCGGUGCCAGAUGACAAAAAUAUAACUACAACUCCAAUUCCGACUACAUCCACAACCCCGUCAACAACCACGGUGCAACCGACUACAACACCUCCAACACCUUCAACUACUCCAAUAACUUCAACAACCACCACCAAACCAACAACAUCAACUCCAGCUCCAAUCACUACAAGCAGCACCACCACAACAGUAGCUCCAAAUACAACAACUACCACAGUUGGCCCCACCACAUCGAGCACCACCACACCGGUGCCUUCGACAACUACCACGGCCAAGCCAGCGCCUGUGCCAUGUGGACACUUUGAUGGCUCGUCAUUCAUUGGAGGCAUAGUUCUAACUCUGGGUCUGCUGGCCAUUGGAUUGGUCGCCUACAAGUUCUACAAGGCACGCAAUGAGCGCAAUUACCACACUCUUUGAGCCGCCAACGCGUUCACUUCGGCGUUCAAUGCAGCAGCCGGUGCAACGGCUGUGAACAAUGCCGCCACGGAUGCCGAACGUGUGCGCUUUGUACAGCCAUCGAUUCCGUUGCGUUCACCACCCGCUCAACCGCCACCACCACCACCAACCACAGCAGCAGCACACACAGCGCCCUAUCACCAACAGCUCUUGGCGAGCGCAGCAAAUCAAAACUCAAAUAAUUCACCUUCAGCCAGAGAUCGGCUGCUGCACACGUAAUUUAACUCGGGGUACAAAUGUAAUACAUAACAAAAAAGAACAACAAAACAAACAAAAAAAAAAAAAAAACAAAAAAAAAAAAUGAAAUAUAACUAUCCAAAGAGCCCCCGGAUAUAAUCUCUAUGAAAAACGCGAAAUUUUCAAAAAUAUCCUACAGCUAUCUCUCAAAGAAAAAAAAAAACACAGAUUUGUCCGUUUCGAAACAGGCUGCACACUCAAUCCUUAUCAAUUAUAUAUAUACCUAUCUAUAUAUCUCUCUCCAUAUACAUAUAUAUGUGAAUAUAUUUAAUAUAAUAUACAUUUCGUAUGAUUCACGAUUUUUGCUGCAGUUUUUUAUCAGCGGAUGUUCAACGCCUUAUUGAAUCUGAAUGCCCUUCAGCUUAAAAAGAAACAAACAAAAACAAUUAUAAUGUACUAUAUUAUAUAAAUAUAUUCAUAUGCAUAUAUAUGUCUCUAUGUAUAUGAAUAUUUAUGUACUACAAUAACAGCAAAAUUAAUGUGAAGACUGUCGAAGAAAUGUCGCUGUAGAUGAAGCAAACGUUAAGUAAUCUAAAAAAGAAAGAAAAAGGGAAUGAAGCAAGCGCGUAUAUAGAUUUUGAUUGAAAAUAUAUAUUUACAAGAACAAAAACAAAUAUGGUAAAAGAAAAACUAACAUUUUAUAUAGCUAAAAAAAACAAACUCAUUCAACGUAAAAACUAACUAAGCGAGCUAAACUUAAAAUCAACUCUAAAUAUCUGUUUUGCAUUAUACUACAACGCUUUUGCAUUUUUGAAUAUAUAAAUUUAUAAUUAAUGAUGA